CGCCUAAAUAAAUCCUCUGCUUCCUUCUUCGUAAUUCGUAUUGGUUCUCUCUCCCUCUCUCUCUCUCUCUGUCUGUGUCUGCCUUCCCUCCCGCCGGUUACUUCCACUCUACGGUUCCCUUUUCAACUGCUCCAAACUAAUUUACACCCUCAAAAGCCUCCAAAACAUUCCUCUCUGCUUCCCUAUUCUACUUUGGUUCUUUCAUCUCUUUUUGUUUCAUUGGGUAUUUUCUGUGAAGCUUCUGGUUUUCAUUGUAUCUGUAUUUUUUCUUCCGAGAUAAUCUAUGGGUGUUCAUGUUAUUGUGUGUAACUAUAAAUCUCCAAUGACUUACUGUAUAUACUGCUGAUUUUGCUCUUCUGGGUUUUGGUUAUUUUUUUAUGGCUUCUCUCGAAUGCUUCAUUUUUAAGUUUUGAUGUUGGGAUUUUCCUUUUUCUAAAUCCUUUGGUUUUGACUUUGAAUUUGUGAUUUUGUUGGAUUGGGAGAGAGGGGUUUAGUGGGUGAGAGUAAAGUUAGAAAAUUGAAACAAAAGCGAGAGAGGCAAGUUGGUUGUUUGUGUAAACUAUAAAGAAGAAGAAGAAGAUAUGGAUGUAACAGAGGUUACAGUGAUACACCAUGUGGGCAUUGUGUUAAUGAUGCUUUGGUUUCUUUCUCACUUCAAUUGCUGCCACCCCGUUGCCUACUUUUUCUCUCUGAUUUAUCUCUACCUGGUUCAUGAGCGGUAUGUUAUGAGAUUGCGGAGGAAAUUACAAUUUGAUGAAAGAAAGCAGGCUAAUCAGAGAAGGGUGCUUUCUGAUUCCGAGACUGUGCGGUGGUUGAACCAUGCAGUUGAAAAGAUAUGGCCUAUAUGUAUGGAACAGAUUGCUUCACAGAAAAUUCUCCUACCUAUCAUACCUUGGUUUUUGGAGAAGUACAAACCGUGGACUGUUGGCAAGGCUGUAGUUCAGCAUCUCUACUUAGGAAGAAACCCACCUAUGUUCACAGAGAUGAGAGUUCUUCGCCAAUCUACCGAUGAUGACCACUUGGUUCUGGAGUUGGGAAUGAAUUUUCUGACAGCUGAUGAUAUGCUUGGAAUUCUGGCUGUGAAGCUGAGGAAAAGACUAGGUUUUGGAAUCUGGACAAAGUUGCAUAUUACAGGCAUGCAUGUUGAAGGAAAGGUCCUGAUUGGGGUGAAGUUCCUUCGCAAGUGGCCUUUCCUUGGCCGUGUGAGAUUAUGCUUUGUGGAGCCUCCAUAUUUUCAAAUGACCGUCAAGCCUAUUUUUACUCGAGGGCUUGAUGUUACAGAAGUUCCUGGGAUUGACGGAUGGCUGGAUAAGCUUCUCGCCAUUGCCUUUGAGCAGACACUUGUUCAGCCUAAUAUGCUGGUUGUUGACAUGGAGAAAUUUACUUCACCAGAGCCAGAAAAUUGGUUCUCUGUGGAUGAGAAGGAGCCUGUUGCUCAUGUCAGAAUAGAAGUCAUCGAAGCAUCAGACAUGAAACCCUCCGAUCUAAAUGGAUUCGCUGACCCUUAUGUGAAGGGUCAAAUGGGCGUUUACCAAUUCAAAACGAAGAUACAAAAGAAAACGCUGACUCCAAAAUGGCACGAGGAAUUUAAGAUCCCCAUUAUUACAUGGGAUUCACCUAAUGUGCUAGCUAUUGAAGUUCAUGACAAGGACAUAUUUGUUGAUGACACCCUUGGAGACUGUUCCAUUAAAAUCAGUGAUCUUAGAGAUGGCGGGAGGCAUGACAUGUGGUUGCCUCUUCAAAACAUUAAAACAGCAGGGAGGCUGCAUAUUGCAGUAACUGUAGUAGAAGAUAAUGGGAAGGGGGAUGAUUGUCCAGAUAUUCCGGAAAUGCUAGAUGUGGAAGAUAAAAGAAAUUCCUUUGCCAAUGAGACUGCUAAUAAAAGUUCCUUCUCAUCUGUAUCAUCAGAGAAAUCUCCUAGGGUGGCAGAUCAUUUUGAGCCUAUUGAUAUAGAAGGGCAAAAGGAAACUGGUAUAUGGGUCCAUCAUCCAGGAAGUGAAGUUUCACAAACUUGGGAGACUAGAAAAGGAAAGGGUCGAAGACUUAAUACCCAGAUUCAUGGGGAGGCUAAUGGUACUAACGGUCGUAGUUCAGUGGCAUCUGGAACCCAAGUAAAUGAUGGCAGCAGUACUGAUGAGAAUCCUGAGGAUAGACAUCCAAUGGCAUCAUUUCGCCGGGGUCUGCAUAAGAUAUUCCAUAGGAAUUCCAAGAAGGAGGAUAAUUCAAGCAGCUUUACAGAGGCUGUUCCAACCCCUCGUGUUAAUCUAAGGGCAAUUAAUGAAAAGGAGGCUGGUGUAAAGUUUGUUGUGGAAGACAACAUUUCGGUCCCUCCUUCUGGUAAGGUUUCAAAAGAAGGGGCUUUAAGUUCUGGAGAGAGUGGUCCCGAUAGCCCAGGAAAGGGUAAGGUGAAGAGUUUCUUUAGAAAUGCCGAAAAAUCCGUAAAGCGUGCACUUUCAAAGAAAGGUUCUAGAAAGUCUCAAGCUGAUUCAUGUGCAGUGAGUGAAAGAGACAUUUUAGAAGGUUCCAACUCUUCUGAUGACGAAUCUCUUCCUUCCCCCCCAUUUGUUGAAAUGAUACCUGUCGCCUCCAGGGAUAUACCUUGUGGCUCCGUCAAUGAUUCAAGUAAACCAGAGGAGGAUGUGGUUCAGCCGGUAAUUUUCACGGCAGUGGACGCUGAAGGCCCAACGGAGAAGGUUGAACAUGAAGAACUCGUACGCCCAAUGGAGAAGGUUGAACUUGAAGAAGUCGAAAAGGUUCACGAGGAGGUGGACAGCCCUGGAAGAAAUGGCGAUGGAUUGUAUGAGCCGUUAAAAGUUGAAGCUAGCUGAUGCAUAUCUGAAGAGAAGGGCAUGCAAAACUAUCGCAGACUGUUAUGAAAGAGUGCUCAUACUAUUCCACUUGUGGCUGAAUUAGCAUGAAGUAUUUGAAGUUUGAGAGUAUGGCUUGCAUGUCCAAGUCACAUGUUGAUGAUGUUGUACAGUUCUUGUAUGAAACACUCACCCCAAACAGAUACUUUGGUUUUAGGGUUUGGUGAAUCAUGCAACAUUAUAUUUCUACCUCUUUUCCACCCUGAAACCAAAUUUCUCUACACAGUUAGGGUGAAAUGUGGUGCAGCUAUUAUUAGGUUGUAUUAUUUGUAAUUAUUAUGUAAAGUUUUGAGUUGAAAAUGUUGUUUUAUACACGCGAAAGAAUUUUUUGUUACUAAAUUCCAAAUUUAAUAA